AUGUGUGGCAACUACUACGGCUCUGGCUACGGCUGCGGCUACGGCUGUGGUUACGGCUGUGGAUACGGCUCCCGCUACGGCUGUGGCUAUGGCUCUGGCUAUGGCUGUGGUUAUGGCUCUGGCUACGGCUGUGGUUAUGGCUCUGGCUACGGCUGUGGUUAUGGCUGUGGCUACGGCUGUGGUUAUGGCUGUGGCUACGGCUGUGGCUAUGGCUCCCGCUAUGGCUGUGGUUACGGCAGUGGCUAUGGCUGUGGCUACGGCAGUGGCUACGGCUGCUGUGGAUACCGGCCGUCUGUCUACAGGAAGUGUUACUCCUCCUGCUGCUAG